AUGUACCUGUCGGAGUUGCUCAGUUGGAGCAGUCCUAAACAUAGUCAUGUAUCAUCUGUUCACAGAGAUGCAGAAGAUGCAGUUUAUGGAAGGAAUGGUUAUGAUUAUGGCCAAUGUCGUCUGCGUGUUGAAUUCCCCAAACCUUCCAGAGGUCGGGGUGGAGGCUUUGGUGGGGGGCCUCGUGGGAGGAAUGGCCCUCCUUCACGACGUUCUGAGUUCCGAGUCCUUGUUUCAGGGCUUCCUCCAUCAGGCAGCUGGCAGGACCUGAAAGAUCAUAUGCGUGAAGCUGGUGAUGUAUGUUAUGCAGAUGUACAGAAAGAUGGAAUGGGGGUGGUUGAGUUUCUUCGCAAGGAAGACAUGGAAUACGCACUGCGUAAACUGGAUGACACCAAAUUCCGCUCUCAUGAGGGUGAAACAUCCUAUAUCAGAGUUUGUCCUGAAAGAAGCAUCAGCUAUGGCUACUCGCGCUCCCGUUCUGGUUCAAGGAGUCGCGAUUCUCCAUACCAAAGCAGGGGAUCUCCACGCUACUCUUCUCCCUUCAGGCCAUUCUGAUUGCACCCAACAGGGACUUCUAAAUAUGUGAACUGAGCUUUUUAUUUCUGCUCAGAGUUUACAUUCCAAAAUGGAUGGAUAUAGUCUUUCGUAGGAAGCCUUGGUUUUUUUUUUUUUUUUCAUUUCUAUUCAAUAAAAUCUUUUUUUAUGACUUACAGUUUUUACUAGGGAAGUGUUGGUAAUGAAAUACUAUAAACCAUUGCCGCUUACAAAGUUUUUGUUUGGAUAAUGUAAAUUGUUUUUGUUUCUUCUCCUAAAUGAGGGAAAAUGAGCUUGAAAAUUAGUAUGUAUGCGUUAAUGGUUUGUCUGCAGGAUGGCGCUUUAAAGCAGUAGAGUAACAUGUAUGGUACAGCCUUUUGUGGUGUUUUGAAAUAUACUUACAUGUUUCUGUAGCUCACAAGUGGGUGGCUUCUUUCUGUGGUAUGAGAGUGGGAAGCUGGCAUAAACCCUAACUCUGAGCCUGGACUUAAGAGUGGCUUUCUGUUACUGGGUUUAAAAUGCUUCAUGUUUUGACUAUUGCUCAAUGUCGGUAUAGUAAUGAACACAUCAAAGGAAUAUUUAAACUAUUAGAAAAGCCCGGUACAAUUUCUUACAAGCUGUCUGGAUGUCUUUUCUGAACCAGCACUAAGAAAAGUUUGACAGCCGCCAAGAUAAUAAGGUGGGUGAAGGAGACAGAUGGAGCAGGAAGUACAGGGCCUCAAGAUGGGAUAGACUGGGAUAGACAUGGAGCAGGGCCUUCCACGCUUCUCUUCUUGCAAUAUGUAUUCAGUUUAAACAGUUGCUAAAGCUCUAUUAAAGUCUCUUUACUACUUGAGCUGUAAAACAAAAUAGAUUUUACUGACUUUCUGUUGUAGUUAAUUUGUAGAAUGAGGUACUUUCUUUGAAAUCUGCAGUGAUGCCCUUCUUGUCACAUACACAGGCUUCCUGGGAAGAUCCUGUUGCAUGCAUAGAGGAUCUUUCUAGCUAGCUUGCAACUGUAAGGAAAGUGCUUCUACUUUAUAUGUCAGGUGCUGACCUUGUGAGUAGUUGAAUCUUGGCACAAACGUACAGCUGUCAAGAAGUGUUGGCCCUUGGCUGUAGACUAAAUUGCAAUUCACUGUGCUUAAUUGAAUACCAAAAAGAUGCUUAGCUUUUAAGGCUGCAUUCUUACAUAGCAGUAUGUGUUGGCAAUUGUACUUCUGUGUAAAAAUGCACUGGGUCAGGUUGCAUGUACUCUACAUAAACAAUUAAAUCAAACAGAUGGAAGUAAUGCAUUCCAACAGUUGAUCUUUACUAGAUACAGUUCAGUAGUAUACGGAAAUGCACUUCCUGUGCUGAAAGUACCAAAUUAAAAAUUGCAAAUGCACAGCUCUGCUUACUGGUAAGCAAGGACCACACGCUGCACAGGUUUUUAUAUUUCCUACAAAGCCAGAUGAUAACCAGCUUCUCGGCCAUUUUGGAUGGUACUCUGCACAUGGUCUCAUGGAAACUAGGCAGCAGCAAACUGCUAGAAGAGCAACAUGUUGAUUUCAAGUGUCCAUUUACCAAGACUUCCACAGUUACUAAUUUACUGUUUCUCACACUUGUGUACAUGUUAUUAAAAUGCUGGGUCUUUAUUUACAUGUUUAUUUAUGAAGCAUUAGAACUGCUCAGUGAAAGUGAUCAUCUCAUGAAUUUUUAUAUCCAUGAACUUGAGGAGAAAUUACUAUACAUCUAAAAACACAACUUAUUCACUGUUUAUUUCUGCACAGAAAAAUGGUUUAGCGCUGAUAUUAAACCAUAGUUUUCUCGUA